AUGGCCUCUUCGUUUGACAUUAGCGCAAAGACCGUUUGGGGCUCUCCCGCUGCCAAGAAACGCGCCCUGCUCAUCCAUGGCCUCACGUGCGCGCCUUCGACCAUGGUUCGCCUCGCGGAAGUGCUGGUUGCCUUAGGUUACCAAGUGACCGCCCCCGACUUGCUCGGGCACGGUAUCGGCCCUCGCGCGGACAAGUACCUCUUUGAAGACAUCUGCGCGAUGAUCCUCCCCCACCUCGAAGAAACCACUUACGACCUCAUCAUCGGCCACUCGCUCGGCGGCCUCGUCGCCCUCGCCCUCAUGUCUCAGCUGCCACCCGCAUACGCCGAGCGUGGAACGCUGCGCCUCGUCACCGUCGAUGCUCCGCUCAUCCUCACACCCAAGGAUCACGACAAGUACACGGCGCUCUUCGGAGCCUCGACGAAGAAGACGCCGUCCAUCGACUUCUACGCGGGCCUUUUCCCGUUGUGGCGAAGGGCAGACGCCGCCCAGAAGGUCCUCGCCGACGAACUGUGCGCUCCCACGGUGUCGGACGAACUCUUCGCGGUGCGUAUUGAUGUCAUCCGCUCCUUUCCGUUGCCCCCUUCUCCAUACUUAAUGCCCGAAACCUUGUCUGACAUGGGAGAAUGCGCGCAGGUCAACCGACCUUGGAACUUCAGGCGGUUCCUUGACACGGUCCCGUCAUGGGUUAGCUUUCUAGCCAUCGCCGGAGACCCAGACUGUGGAGCCCUAUUCAACGUCAAGGAGUUGGAGAUGUACCCCAAUAUCGAGAAAAAGACCAUUCCAAAGGCUACCCAUUGGAUCCCCCUGGAGUUUCCCAAGGAGGUCAUCAAUGCAUCAGUCGCCUAUUAA